GCGACUUCCGGCGGCGUGACCUGAGCGCAGGGUCCGCGGGGUGACGGAGCCGGAAGGGGAUUGUAUUAGUGACCUUGGAGUCAUUGCUGACAUGUCUGACAUUCAAGAAGCUACUAACCAGCUCCUGGAUGUGAACCUUCAUGACAACCAGAGAUCUGUACCAGUGACAGAAAGUAGCAUCAGAAGUGAGUCCAAGAAUCUCCAUGUCACUAUUGGAGCCACUGUUCCUACUGGCUUUGAACAAACAGCUGCAGAUGAAGUGAGAGAGAAAUUGAGGUCACCAUGCAAAAUCAGCAAAGACCGGGGCAAGAUAUACUUUGACAUUCCAGUGGAAAGUCUGGCUCAGGUUCAUUGUCUGAGAUCAGUUGAUAAUUUAUUUGUGGUUGUUCAGGAAUUUCCAGAUUACCAGUUCAAAAAUACAAAGGAAGAAGUUUUAAAGGAUUUUGAAGACUUGGCUGGAAAACUCCCAUGGUCAGAUCCUUUAAAAGUAUGGAAAAUUAACACCAGUUUCAAGAAAAAAAAAACAAAGCGCAAGAAGAUAAAUCAAAAUUCCAGUAAAGGGAAGAUUGAUAAUGGACAAGGAGACAAAUUAGAUGAGAAAGAUGUUAAAGAAUUCACCAACAAUGAUUUAGAUUCACACAUCUUAGACUAUUAUGAAAAUCCAGCCAUCAAAGAGGAGGUAUCAACAUUAGUAGGUGAUGACUUGGCAUCUUGCAAAGAUGAGAUCGAUGAAGGCUCAAAAGAAGAAACUGAGCUUCAAACACUAAAGUUUAGAGUCACAUGCAACAGGGCAGGAGAGAAACAUUGCUUUACCUCAAAUGAGGCUGCAAGAGAUUUUGGGGGUGCUGUUCAAGAUUAUUUUAAGUGGAAGGCUGAUAUGACCAACUUUGACGUGGAGGUUCUCUUGAAUAUCCAUGAUAAUGAAAUCAUCGUGGGAAUUGCAUUGACUGAGGAAAGUCUCCACCGCAGAAAUAUUACACAUUUUGGACCUACAACUCUUAGAUCUACUCUUGCCUAUGGGAUGCUCAGGCUUUGUGCACCUCAACCUACUGAUAUAAUAAUUGAUCCAAUGUGUGGAACAGGGGCAAUACCAAUAGAGGGGGCAAUGGAAUGGGCUGACUGUUAUCAUAUUGCUGGUGAUAAUAAUCCCCUGGCUGUGAAAAGAGCAGCAAAUAACAUCUCAUCUUUACUCACCAAGAGCCAGAUGAAAGAUGGCAAACCAUCCUGGGGUUUGCCCAUUGAUGCUGUGCAGUGGGACAUUUGCAAUCUUCCAUUGAGAACUGGUUCUGUGGACAUUAUUGUAACAGAUAUGCCAUUUGGAAAAAGGAUGGGCUCCAAGAAGAGAAACUGGAAUCUUUAUCCAGCUUGCCUUCGAGAGAUGAGCCGUGUCUGUAGACCCGGGACAGGCCGAGCUGUUCUACUUACUCAGGACAAGAAAUGCUUUACCAAGGCAUUAUCUGGAAUGGGACACUUAUGGCGAAAAGUGCAUACAGUCUGGGUGAAUAUUGGGGGUCUUCAUGCUGCAGUUUAUCUUCUGAAACGUACCCCCCAAGCUUUUGUUCAUCCUGUGGAACAAGAUGGAGAGAGGAGAACUCCUUGGUAAUGCAUAGGAUGAAGAUGAUUAAGAGUAUUAUACUUUUCAACACUGGGAAUGUCAGCAUGAAGAACUUUAUAGAGAAAAAUAGUUAUUAACAAAAGUGCAGUCUACUAUUUAAACCAGUCCAAAGCUCUUCUCCUUGGUUAGCAAAAUACAAAGUAAUGUAAUAUAACUUUAAAAGAAAACAUAUUCCUUGGGGAUAUUUUGAAAAAAGUAGCUGUGCAGUUAGUAUUUUUCUUACACUGCUUUAAAAAUGAUUAGAGAAAAGCCUACCAAGGUACUCUAGGAUCUAGGUUUUAGAAUGUUUUAUUUUUAUUGUGUCAAGUGGAAAGCCACCUUGGCCCAAAGGCAGAGAACAUAGUAAUCUUAAAAUAGUGUCUUAAGCUACAUCUUUCUACCUAUGCAGCUUUGCUAUUUAAUAGCUCAGUACUCGUUACCUCAACCUCAGAAAAAUGAAGCACUAUUACAUUUUGUGAAUAGUAUUUGCCCCAUGACAAGAUGGAGUAGACCUAUAGGAAAAUUUACCAUCUGCCUUAAAAAUUAAAGUAUGCAUGUUAUCCAGAUUAAUAUACAGAACUAAAACAGAGGGGUAGAAUUUAUGAAAGGGUUUACAAAGACACUUUACUGUUUUUUGUUUGUUUGUUUUUUAACAGUACCAGAAACAUAGAUAGCUGAGGUGUGGGACCUAUAAGCCAAAUCAGUUUACAAGUCUGUUGUUUUUCAAGGCAACCAUAAACAUGUCUUCAGUACUUUUUUUGUUGAGAGAAAAAAAUUAGUCUAUGUUCAAAUGAAAACUUAAUUUAUGGGCCAUCUAAGUUUGUUAUUUCCUCGUGGAUUAUUUUUCACAUUUAGUUUCUUUUCAACUCACAGGAAGUUCUUCCCGAGUUUUGUGGAAAGUGAACCUCAAUAGUCAGUCCUAGUAAAAUGGUGCUUCCCUGGGAUAAAAAGUAAUUGAGGUUUUAUGUGGAAUUCUUUUACAGUGCCCAGUUUAUUUUGAAAUAUCUGGCUGCAUUCAGCUUAUAUUUUGUGUCAUUUUAGUAAUGUGAUAAUACUACUCCCUUUUGAUGUCUCCAUUUAGAAUAAAAGGACAGUAUUCUUUGAGA